UUAAAUGAACGGCAGAUAAUCAGACGGUUUUACAAAAUAACGCCAUGGCAUUACCAUUUCUACCCGGGAAUUCCCGAAAUAGACAGCUGGGGAAGGACAGGUUCCACAAAUCCCAACAUUUUGAUUAUUCCAACGGAGUCCCUUUGCUGGUGGGAACCGAGAAGCCGGGCAUCGGAGGAGAGCUGCUACUCGGCCAGGAGAUCAAACCAAAGUUUUCUGUCUACCCCAAAGGAGAGGGCAGCGAUCUACCUGCAUGGGUGGCCUUCGACAAACAG